AUGGCCAGCCAAUGGUUCAAAUUCCUCUUCAGCAAUGAAGCCCACCCUUUAAAGCCUCUUCUUCCACUGGAAUCCCUCUUUGCCGACUGCUCGUUUGUACAUUAUCAAGUCAUGUUGAUAAGCAAUCUUCUUAUGCCACACAAUGACAAGAGGGACAUCGAAUCCUACCCCAAACUUGUUCUUUUAACCACGUUCCUAAAUUCUCUCCUCAUUAUAUUUUCGGCACUUCGUCUUUAUCAACCCGCAGCCGCUGGGUCUCUUUUAGAGAUAUUCCAUACGAUUCAAGAGAUCCUUCUGAUCAUGAAUAUUGAAAUCAAUGCCCAGAGCUUAAGUACCUCAUCAUUUCGGAUGGAGGGUUGGUCCUGGAACAGCCUCUUUUUCACGCUAAUAUUGAUAAUGUCCUGUUGGCUUUUGUAAGUUCGUAUCGGCAACUUCAUGGUUAACACUUGCUGACCUUCUCCUCAGCUUAACACAUCUGAUACGCGUGUUCCGAAAAACAAUAGCUUUCUUUCACUGGGACCCGUUUUCAAUUUCGAGGAUAAUGGGAGGGGGAGAGCCAGAGUAUGAUACAGAAAGGCUAUUGUACUUCAUGGUGUUGGCCUUAACGAUUGUAUUGUCCGUAUUCAAUGUGUUAACAUAUUGCCUCUUCCUCAAAGUCGACGAGUCAGCCGGUGUCAAUGAGUCCUUUGGUUCCGUCGAAAAGCAAGUCGCCUUUUACGCUACCAUGUUCUUGGUCAGUGCAUCUUUCACGAGUUACGUUUUGAGUCUCUUCUUACAAGAUUAUAGAGAAGUUUAG